AUGGCGCGAUUAUUAGUUGCACUAGUUGUAACAUUAGUUGCAGUAACGGCUCUAUCCAAAGAGAUUCCAGAUCCUAGUGAUCUUGCAUUCGUCCUGAGUGAAAAUGACUUUGAAGAUUAUCUGGAUUCCUGGCUCGAACUCAAGACAGAAGCUAAUCGACUCUCAACAAUUUUUUUAAGGUCCCAAAGCGGUUGCACGUUGGAUGUGAAUAAGGACCUCGGACAUCCGCAACCUAUAUAUCUAAACAACAACACUUAUCUGACUCCUACUGGAGCUACCGGGAAGAUAAACCUAUAUUCUGGAGAACAGGUUACCAUUGCAUGUCCAGGGUCCAAACGCUCCAUCGUACAUCCAAAUAUAACUGCAUCAGUAGCUACAGCCACAGCUGUGUGUGUAAACAAUGAUCUAGUGGCUGGAGCCGGUUGGCUGAAUGGUAUCGGAGCGUUUAGUGGACUAACUUGCUCAUCAAAUCCAACUCACGAGGCUUUAGCCACUAAUGAGACUUGUUAUAACAACAAUCUUGUUAUUAGGGUUGGUUUCACAGUAGAAGGAAUAUUCUAUCCCCUAUACUGGUCUUGCUUCGAUGAACGUCGCCUCGAAGUUCUCUACGUCUGGUACGAACAAAACCCUCCUAAUGCGGUAUACCAAACUGGUGUCAACCGACCGAAUUUUGCAGCUGGGACCUUCUACCCUGGAGUACCUGUAAAUGACUUGUACAAACAAGAGCAACAAAAACGUACGAUUGCGGACCUCGUUGGAAACGAACUGGCUAACAAAUACUUAACAAACCGACAAUACUUAUCUCGUGGUCAUCUAGCUGCUAAAACUGAUUUUAUUUAUGCCAGCGGUCAAAGAGCCAGCUUCUACUUCAUUAACGCUGCUCCACAAUGGCAACCUUUUAAUGCUGGUAACUGGAACUCAUUGGAACAAAAAUUGCGUGAACGCAUCGGUAAAGCUGGUUAUAACACCGUGGUUUACACUGGAACAUUCGGCGUGACUCAACUCCGUGAUGAGAAUGACCGCCUCGUCGAUAUCUACCUGUAUACUGACGCCAAUAACAACCCGCAGAUUCCUGUGCCUCUCUACUAUUAUAAGGUUGUCUACGAUGCCUCUCGUGGUCUCGGCACAGCAUUCGUGAGCAUUAACAACCCUUACUACACGGAGUCCGAGGUCCGUGCUCUGACCUUCUGCACGGACCGCUGCCGCAACAACAGCGCGUUCAGCUGGCUCAACUGGAAGCCUGACAACAUUGACAUCGGAUACAGCUUCUGUUGCACUGUUGAUGACUUUAGAAGGACUGUUCCGCACCUACCCCCCUUUACUGUUAUUGACCUUCUUAGUUAA